AUGCUUGAGAAGGAAAUCAAGUCGAAACUAAGAGAGAUUGAGAAGGAAGUGACAAAAUACAACAGAAAGUUGGGCAGUGAUGGAAGUCAUGCGCUGGUGGAAGAGACGUGGGGCAUUUUCGGUAUUUCACAUUCAUCUUUUCCACAAAACCGGACCCUCCUCUUUGGUCCCCCAACUGGUCCCCCAUUCCUCGUUUACGAAGACGAGUCUCUGUAUCGACUCUCCACCGGCUUCUCCGACAGCACUCCGGCGACCGACGACGACGACGAAACCGGCGACCAAGAUCGACUUCCGGCAGUAGAAAUGGAGGAGAAUCUCCCAAAUAUUUUAAGCGAUGGUUUAGGCUCCCAUAUUAAACUGAAUGCUCAAAAAAAUGCGCUAAGAACUGAAAAAAUUGGGGGUUUAGGGUUCGACGGUGGGAAGAUCCAUUCCGCGGUGGGCAAGAUCCAUUCCGCGGAGGGUUAUAUCAGUCUGUGGAGGACCCUCCGCGGAGUGAACCAAUGCUCCACGAAAUAUAGAAAAGAGGCUCCGCGGAGGGUGGAGGUCGAUCCACAGAGGCUUCUCCGCGGAAUGACCUAUAGCCUCCGCGGAGUGAACCAAUGCUCCAUGAAAUAUAGAAAAGAGGUUCCACUGAGGGUGAAGCACUUAGACCUCAAUCAAAAAGCUGAUUUAACUUUAAAAGGUGUGGUGGGUACCAUCAUUAAUAAGUAUUUUCCGCGGCUAACACAAUCACAACGACAAUUAUUCGAAGCUUCGCUGUUUGGAAUACUUUUAGGGAUGCAUAUCCCACAUGGUGAUUCGUUACUUGUGCAUCUGAUGAUGUUGCACGAAGUAAGGACUCAAGAAGUAUUUGAAAUAGGGAGGUUUUUAUUUGAUAUAGAAGGGAGGUAUUUGGAAUUUGAUGAAACAGAAUAUAUUCUCAUUUGUGGUCUAAAAGUUGGUUGUUAUGUGGAUUUACUCUAUGAUGAAAAAGGCCAGUCAAAUUCAAGUCUUCGUGCUCGUUUGUUCCCAGACAUUUCUGAUGCACGUUUGCGGUUAAAAGAUUUGGAAGACUUCAUUAUGUCUCCUAAAUAUUUGGAAGUUGAAGAUGAAGAUGUUGUGAUGCUUAUCCAGCUAGUGUUUGUGUUGAAGGGACUCCACGGACGGGACGUAAAAAUGUGCAUUCCCGCUGCAAUAUACAAUCUUGCUAAUAAUAGAGAUGAUUGGAACAGGUUUGCAUGGGGUACGUAUCUUUGGAGGUAUACUUCGCGGAUGAUGCGUCCUAACAACCAACCUAUUCAAGUGGUGGCAAACAAGACGGAGCUGAUGUUGCCCUUUUAUGUUCGAUACGUGAAUUGGACCCUUAACCAUGAAGAGUCUCCUCCACCGCAACAGUCUCCACCGCAACAUAGUCAGGUCCGAAAUAGUCCACCUGCUGUUCAGUCGCCUCCUCGUAGAAGUAUGUACAAGUCGGAUACAUGUUCGACUGAAUCUGCCACAAAUGCUUCUUCCUCGCAAAAGCAUGAAAUAGAAACGAGGGUGGUAAAGAAGAAGAAGAAGAGUAGCACAAAGGCAUUAGUGAAGCGUCUACUAGGCAUCGUGGCUAAAUUAUCAUCUAAAGUAGACCGUGUAUUAGAAGAAAAAGAUGAGCCAAAGAAACGGUUUGUAGAGGAUGAGGAGGAAGAGGAGGAGAUGAUAAACGAAGAGGGUGAAGAAACAUAUUGCCAUGAUACGCAAUUCGACUAUGCUGGUUUGGGGGAGAAAGUUGCGCCUACACCUACGGAGCCGUCACCAGACUUGGGUGAACAUGACACAAAAAUAGCGACUCCUAUUGGUAGGCCGCAACGAAAGAGGGCUCCAGCAUGGUAUCAGUGCACUCCGUUCACAGUGGUGCAAUCGACACCAAAAGUAAAGAAAAUCAGCAAGACAAGGAAGAAAACAAAUAGAGGAGAGUCCUGA